CCCGGGGUCCUCUGCGCCACACCGCGCAGGCGCAGUGAGGAGGGGCCGGUCAGUCCGGGACUCUGAGGGGCCGCGGCUGGAUUGAAUCGGCGUCACCUGGGGUCUGGGUUCUGGGUUGUGAGGAGGUGAGGUGAGGCGGCACUGAGCGGUGGGCACCAUGUCGAGGCAGGCGAACCGUGGCACCGAGAGCAAGAAAAUGAGUUCAGAACUAUUCACGCUGACCUAUGGGGCGCUUGUCACCCAGUUGUGCAAGGACUAUGAAAAUGAUGACGACGUGAAUAAGCAGCUGGACAGAAUGGGCUAUAACAUUGGAGUCCGACUGAUUGAAGAUUUUUUGGCACGGUCAAAUGUUGGAAGAUGUCACGACUUUCGGGAAACUGCUGACGUCAUUGCCAAGGUGGCGUUCAAGAUGUACCUGGGCAUCACUCCAAGCAUCACCAACUGGAGCCCAGCUGGAGAUGAAUUCUCCCUCAUCCUGGAAAAUAACCCGUUGGUGGACUUUGUGGAGCUUCCCGAUAACCACUCAGCCCUCAUUUACUCCAACCUCCUGUGUGGGGUACUUCGGGGAGCCCUGGAGAUGGUCCAGAUGGCUGUGGAGGCCAAGUUUGUCCAGGACACUCUGAAGGGAGAUGGCGUGACAGAAAUCCGGAUGAGGUUCAUCAGGCGGAUUGAAGACAAUCUCCCAGCUGGAGAGGAAUAAGCAUGUCUAGGACUUGGGCAGCCAAGAGGAGUGCCUGCUGGGAUGAGAAAGGCAGGGCUCGCUCCCUCUGCCCCGGGAACUCAGUGACUUUUAAACCGAUGUUAUAUAUUCUUCUAACCUUAUUUCCACUCUCCAUGCUAAUAAAGAGCAGACUGAUAGUCUGUUUGCCCCACAGGUAUGCACCUCAGAAGGGGGACUCUUUGCUCCAUUUCCCUUCAGAAGGGCAAGAUGUUCUUGCCCUUGGUUGGACUAAGAGAGCUCAAACCAUUUUACAUUCCUGUGAAUUUUCCAAAGCAAAACCCACUUUGACCCCAUUAAGGGACAAGCCUGAUGAUCUGUUCCCAAGCCUUCAUGACGCCAUUGGCAAAUGGCUGUAGGGAGUCUUGGGUUGUGGAGGGGAGGGAGAAUGCUGGGAAGGGGUGGGUAAGAAUCAUUGGCUGUAGUGACAUGCUGUAGUCUUGCCAGGCCACGGAAGCCAGUCCUGCCGGAAACACCGGCUUCUGGGAAGCCGCCCAGCUCUCAUUCCUCCCUGCUGUUUGGAGGCAACAUCUCCUCUUUUACGGAGGGGCCAUCCUUUUUUCUUACAAAUUCUUCAAUAAAGACACAUUCUUGAGUGAAGUCCCAA